AUGGCUGUGGUCCUCGGUCGGCCCGAGCACUACACCGACCGCUACGACAACGUCGACUUAGACGACAUCUUCAGCAACCGUCGCCUGCUGGUGUCCUACAUUAAGUGCAUCCUUGACGAGGGCAAGUGUACAGCUGAUGGGAACGAACUCAAAUCACACAUUAAAGAGGCUCUCGAGAACAAAUGUGAAAAAUGCACAGACGCGCAGAAAUCUGGUACAAAACGUGUCAUUGGUCAUUUGAUCAACAACGAGAAAGAUUAUUGGAACCAGCUCACCGCUAAAUACGACCCAGACCGCAAAUACGUGGUCAUAUAUGAGAGCGAAUUACGCAAGAUUGCUGCAUAA